AAAUCAGAACAUGUUCGUCAGUCAUACGAGAACUUCAAGAGGAAAUAUGGGAAAUACUUUAUUGGUGAUGGUAGGCAAUUUGUUUUUCCACGUUCAUUAAAAAAUCUGUUGUCAGAGGACGAUCGGCGAUUCGGAAUCUUCAAGGACAAUCUGAAGCGAGCGCAAAUAUAUCAGCAAGAGGACAGAGGAACGGCUAAGUACGGAGUGACACGGUUCUUUGACCUCACACCCGAAGAAUUUAAAGCCCUCUAUUUGACUGCUACGUAUGACCAUCGGAAGUUGAACCAAAGUGAGACGAUUGAACCGAAACCAGUGGGUGAGCCUCAAGAUUUCUUUGACUGGCGGGAUUAUGGUGCUGUUGGACCUGUACUGGACCAGGAUAGAUGUGGAUCAUCUUGGGCUUUUUCAGCGAUCGGAAACAUAGAGGGUCAGUAUUUCAUGAGGAUUCAUCGGUUGCUUAGUUUGAGUGAGCAGCAACUAGUUGAUUGUGACAGGGUCGAUCAAGGCUGCUCAGGUGGAACUCCUUAUGGUGCCUUUGAAGGGAUCCAACAGCUGGGUGGUUUGGAGCUUGAAGUCGAUUAUCCCUACCUGGGCCAUCAAGAUAAUUGUCAAUCGAACCCACUGCGAUUUGUCGUCAGCAUAAAUGGAUCGGUACAAUUACCUAAAGAUGAGGAUCAGAUAGCCCAAUACCUUUUCGACCAUGGUCCUCUCAGUGUUGGGGUAAAUGGUGCUCUUCUACAGUACUAUUCAUCUGGAAUUAUGCAACCGUUUCGGGAUAAUUGCGAUCCGGCUGAAAUGAAUCAUGCGGGCCUGGCUGUCGGGUUUGGAAUUGAGCAAGAUGUUCCAUAUUGGACCAUCAAGAACAGUUGGAGUACGCUAUGGGGAGAGCAGUUGAACCAAAGUGAGACGAUUGAACCGAAACCAGUGGGUGAGCCUCAAGAUUUCUUUGACUGGCGGGAUUAUGGUGCUGUUGGACCUGUACUGGACCAGGAUAGAUGUGGAUCAUCUUGGGCUUUUUCAGCGAUCGGAAACAUAGAGGGUCAGUAUUUCAUGAGGAUUCAUCGGUUGCUUAGUUUGAGUGAGCAGCAACUAGUUGAUUGUGACAGGGUCGAUCAAGGCUGCUCAGGUGGAACUCCUUAUGGUGCCUUUGAAGGGAUCCAACAGCUGGGUGGUUUGGAGCUUGAAGUCGAUUAUCCCUACCUGGGCCAUCAAGAUAAUUGUCAAUCGAACCCACUGCGAUUUGUCGUCAGCAUAAAUGGAUCGGUACAAUUACCUAAAGAUGAGGAUCAGAUAGCCCAAUACCUUUUCGACCAUGGUCCUCUCAGUGUUGGGGUAAAUGGUGCUCUUCUACAGUACUAUUCAUCUGGAAUUAUGCAACCGUUUCGGGAUAAUUGCGAUCCGGCUGAAAUGAAUCAUGCGGGCCUGGCUGUCGGGUUUGGAAUUGAGCAAGAUGUUCCAUAUUGGACCAUCAAGAACAGUUGGAGUACGCUAUGGGGAGAGCAGGUGAGUCAACGCAACCUGAACAUGCGUGCGAAUUUUUUCUAA